AUGAGACGGCCCCAGAUUCCACGGGCCUAUUUGUCUCUCAUCCUGUUUGCCUGUCUCUGUUUACAAUGGCUGCCAGUCUUCGCUCUACCGUCGUCAGACAAUUUCACAUCUAUACCUACACGCCAUCAUCAUCAUCAUCUUCUUCACCAUCGUCACCAUCGUCAUCAUCAUGAUCACCGGCUGGGAAAACGCGUUCGCAACCCUCCUCUCCCAACGACAGAGUACGCAAAGACAAAGAUGAAGCCUGGAACGCCGCAUAAGGACAAAGCCAUAUUUUAUACAGCAAACACCCUCUUCUCAGCACUUCACCUCAUUCAACGGUUUAAUGGUCAGGGACUUUCGGAUACCGACAAUGGCGAGAAAGUGAUGAGCAUGGAAGGCGGCCCGUUCGCGGAAUCAGCACAGUUGUUUAUCGAGGACAAAGAGACCUGGGACGACGACGAGAAGGACAUUGCGAUAGGCCAAGUGUCGCAAGCAUUCGCUGAGCGUGCAAGCGGCAUUGUGCGAGUGGUAUUUCCAGAGAACUAUUCGCCCAGUGUUAGGCCCAACGCCUGGACUGUAUACGAGUGGCCGGCGCUUAAGAAGAACCCAGACGUGACCAAGGUGCUCGCUUGGUGGGUGAAAGUAGCUGGAGAUGAACCCAAGGGCGACGGCACGGAGAUCUGGCCGUGCGAUAUGACCACCGACCCAAAUAGACAGCCGUUUUAG